UAAUCAAACGAAACGUUUGACGCAAACGAUCGUGUUUAAAAAUAUUAUUUUUAAAUAAGUUAACUAUUAUGAACUCGUGUUUAUUAUUAUAUUUUAGUUUAAAUUAUUAACAGCCAUAUCUUUUAAAUAUAACAUCCUAAUUAUCAGUGCAUAUAAAGAAAAUGUUGUUUAAUAAUUCAUUUCAAAUACAAUUUUUUGUUCAAAUAAGUUAAGUGUGGAUUUUUUGUUGAUUGUUGUUGUUUAAAAAAAAAUAUCAAAAUGUUCAAUUAUAAAUAUCUAAGUCAAAAUCAUUUGAAGGGAUUCGAUAAAUAUAAGUACAGCGCCAUAGAUACGAGUCCACUCAGCAACUAUGUGAUGCAUCCUUCAUGGAACUAUUGCGUUCAGUUUAUACCGAAAUGGAUAGCACCGAAUCUAUUAACAUUUGCGGGGUUUGUGUGUAUGGUCAUAGAUGUUGUAAUACUCUCAAUAUAUGAUUACAAAUUAUAUGCGUCAGGGGGCCCAGCUGACAGAAUAAUAAAUGAAACUGAAUUGCCAUUCUGGGUAUACCCGGUGUGUGGACUUCUCUUAUUCCUAGCUUAUAAUUUAGAUGGUAUAGAUGGUAAGCAGGCGCGUCGAAUAGGUGUCUCAGGGCCGCUGGGUGAGAUGUUUGACCACGGACUAGACUCCUACAUUGUGUUUCUGAUACCCUAUUGCCUCGUCUCCCUUUUCGGUAGAGACCAUGACUUCUCAAUUCCCACUUUCAGGGGCUUCUUACUAUGUGUGAGUAUCACGCUGAACUUUUACACGAGUCACUGCGAGAAAUACAGCACGGGCACACUUUUCCUACCGUGGGGGUACGACUUGAGUAUGUGGGUAGCAACCAUUCUGUUCCUAGUGCCUUACUUUUUGGGUCGUGACGUAUACAAGUUCUACAUGUUUGGGGACAUCACCUUCGUGCAAUUCCUGGAGGUGCUCAUUCACGCCACUGGACUCUUUACCACGUUGCCCGUCGCCAUUUACAAUGUUUACUUAUACCGAAAAAGUCAGAAGUCCACGAAGAUGACAUUGUUGCAGGCAUUCAAGCCUGUAUGGUCAAUGCUGACGAUGAUUCUCAUUUUAACAACAUGGGCACUCCACUCCCCUAACGAUAUCAUGUUAUACGAUCCCAGAGCGUUCUUCCUGUUGUACGGGACUUUAUUUAGCAAUAUUUCCAGCCGUUUGAUAGUGGCAAUAAUGGGUAGCCAAAGGUGCGAGGCAGUUUGUUGGCUGUCCUACCCACUACUAGUCAGCACGCUUGUCUCACUCACUUGGCCGGCUGUUGAAAUUGUGCUCUUUUAUGGUUUUACAUUGAUAGCAAUUGGUGCUCAUGUGCAUUAUGGAAUAUGUGUGGUGCAACAAAUAUGCAGUUAUUUAAAAAUCAAAUGUUUCGUAGUUCCUAAAGAGAAAAUUAAGUAAAAUUUAAUUUUUAACAAUUAACUAGAACAAUUUCAAUGCAAUUGUUAAAUUAGCUAUAUUAUUUAUUGUAUUAAUAUUUUAAUAUACGAAUGAACGAAUGAG